CAAACAAACUGGUUCACUACGUCAGUGUAGUUCGCUGCAUUCUACCGAUGACGGAAACAAGAUAUGUAAAGAGGACGUCAGAUUGAAGCAAUCUUACGCUUUCUUCACGAUAACUGGGUCUCAUGGCUUUUGCUGUAUGCAUCAAUUUUCAAGACAACGUUGCUCCUCCGACCGGUGAUGAAGUGUACAUCAAAUACGUGGAAUUUAAUGGCGUAGACGAAACGCAAUACAGCAAGGGGAAUACAAAACUCGAUAAAACCCUUCUGUUUGAAUACUUGCGGCGGAAUGACUCAUCUUUUCCCGAGAAGCUUCUAGGCGUCUCUUUCAAUACAACUCUGAAGCAAAAUAAGAAAAAAACCUUUUGCGAGGACGUCUUAAAGCGGGGAAUAUAUUGUCAUGGGAGAAAACGUGGACUGUAUCGUUUCCUUGGGCAUUCCGACAGUCAUCUCUGGGAGAGAAAGUGCUACUUUAUGAACGCGGCCUCAGACACUGAAAUUCACGAUCUCCUAACACGGUUUGGCGACUUCACCAAGACAACAAAUGUUCCAAAACGCGCCAGAGAAAUUGGCUCGUUAUUCGUUCCCUUUGACCACCUAAUGGAGCUUGGUGAGGAUGAUACUGGAGAAGUGCCUAAUGUGAAAGGUAGACUCUUUGACAAGACGCCACGCAGUUUCACUAACUGUCGUGGUUUCAUGUCUCAGGGAUUCACCCUAAAGGUGCGACGCCAGCUUGGUUUGGAGUAUCCUGCACCCAGCGCCCUUCAAGUGACCAACCAAGGUUUUCAGGGUAUUUUGGUAUUUAGAGAAACUCUAACAGACCUCCCUCUGGUCCAAUUCCGCAAGUCCAUGCGCUUGUUUUCCACUCCGAGCAAGAAGAACGGCGAAGUUAUUCCUUAUAUUGGAAUUCUUGAUCAUUCCACUCCUGACGUGAACGGCUACCUUGAUUCGCGAUUGAUCAUGUUUCUGGCGACCAGAGGUGUGUCGAUCCGCUAUCUCAGGUCGCUUCAGCGGGGCUAUUUGACUCUAUUGAAGAGUAUGUGCACGAAUUCAGCAUCUGGUAAUUAUUUCUGUCAAUUAACUGGACGAAAGGCAACAGCUGAAAGAGAGGUUUUGGCCAGACUACAACGAGGUGAAGUAGAGAAGAUGCUUCAUCACGUUUGCGAGAUCGCAAAUAAUGGCGAACCACAAAGACGUCUCGUGAUACGUACGAGAAUUUUGGUGCCCAAAGCAAGAGUGGUGUUUGGGGUUUGUGACCCUUACGGGAAGCUAAAGAGUGGAGAGUGCUACUUCAAGCCAACCCUGCAAGGUGACGAAGAAUUUGAAGAGGUAGUGGUUUGCCCUAACCCGUGCUACCAUCCUGGAGACAUACAAGUGUUGAAGCAAAGCCAAGAGAAGGUCGACUAUGAAGAUCUCAAGGAUUGUCUGGUACUACCCGUAAACCACCGCCAUGCGUUUGAAACUUCUGGUGCAAGUAAGUUUUUUGUUAGCUGGGAUCAAGACCUGAUCCCAAAGAAGAAAAGAGAUAAGCCCUGUCACUAUCAGUCAAAACAGUCCGAAGACAUGGCGACCGCUCUUAAAGGUUGGUUUCAAAGAAUAUUUAAUUUCCUCAGGAAAAAGCAGAAUUAUCGAGACGAAAUGAUUCACUACUUUGCUUAUUUUGAGGAUGACCUUCCGCGAAGAAUUGGCGAUGUUUACAGGAAGUUUGCAGAGACGUAUGGCCCAUAUUCUAAAGAAUGCACUAAGCUAAGCAAGAUGAGUCAUCAAGCUGGAAACUUGUUGGCAAAUAGAGAUGAUUUGUUAAAAAAGUUGGAAAGAUUAGAAACCUUGGUGCAACCAAGACCAACUACCUCCGUGACUUAUCACUCAGCAGAGCGAUCACCUCUUUUAGGAACAGAAGGAGGAGGAGAGGAAGAAGACGUCGAUGAUGUGCAAGAAAUGUCCUCCGUUUCAAUCACCACCCGAAUUCGUCGUUCCUGGCCAGGUCACGGAGAGAGGCCGGCUUCGCCCCAGGUUUGGAAAGAAUUUGACGUGGAAUCGGAAAAGUUCAUUGAAGAAUUUUCCAGUCUCAGUGUUGUGAGUGAUUUUUCAUAAUGAAACUCUACAUCCAUUUUGAUUUGGAUUGUUGCACAGACUGCUUUAGAAUUGAGUGAGUUUUCUCCUCUUGAAUAUGAGACAAUUAGCUGAAAAAGACAAUUCGGCUAUACAGAACCUCUUUUCAGAAGCUCACGUAAAGAAAAAUCUUUAAAUGUGUUUCAAGUCUGAUGAAAGAGUCAUUCCUGUUAAAGAGAACUGACGAUAAAUCUGCACUCAAACUUUGACUUUGAGAAUUUUGCAAACGAGAAACUUGUAGCUGACUUGUAUAGAUACAGUUUAACAAUUCUUUGAAAUUGCAUUGUGAUGAAUGAAGAUGACGUAAACAGAAGUAAUGUAGAGUUAACAAAACUGUAGAACAUUAUUUUUUUGUUCCGCUUCCAAAAAUGUCAAAAGGAGACUAACUACAGCAAAGCCUAUUUUUAAACAACUAUUUUGCAACUUUUUGCUCUGCUAUGUAGAGCAACGCGAAUACUGAGUUAUUUCAGAUUAUACCAUAAACGUGACAAAAGUGGCGUAUUUUUUUAAAAUUUAAAUAUAUUAAAUGCACGAGUCAUAAUGCUUUGUAAGGUACACAUUUGUUCUGAAAUGAAAUGGAGGCACUAAAUUUAGUUAAAUGUU